AUGUCGUCCAUGUCAAUGAUAGGAGGUGCAAUAUUGGUUGUGCUGAUAGCCGGUUAUAUUGCACGUCAGUAUGGGUUACCACCUCCACCGCCAAAAAUCGCCGGCAUUGAUUUAGGCACCACAUUUUCGUCGAUAGGUAUUUAUCAUGCUGUCACUGGAGUAACUACUAUUUUACCCGAUGAGAUAGGAAAGCUAUCCGUUCCGAGCGUUGUGGCAUUUUUGCCGAAUGGUACAGUAAUUGUUGGAACGCGUGCAGUAGAGCAACAAGAGAAAAAUCCCCAAAGAACUAUAUAUGAUGCUAAGCGUUUCAUCGGACGCACGUUCGAAAGGGACAAUGAGAAUUUUCUGGCCGACCAAAAGCGUUACCCUUUCACUGUAAAGCUGGAUGAUACCGGACAUGCGUUCUUUGAAGUGCCACUUGAUAAGGGAGUGAAAAUUCUUUAUCCACAGGAUGUUGGAUCCAUUAUUAUUUCAUAUUUGAAGAAAUCUGCUGAAAAACAACUAAAGACGCCGCUGAAACAGGUUGUCAUAUCUGUGCCAGCCGAAUUCGGUGAAACCCAGCGGAACGUCACAGGAAAAGCGGCGGAGUUAGCAGGUAUGGAGGUGCGUCGUGUCAUUUCUGAACCCACCGCUGCGUCUCUUGCUUACGGCCUUCACAAGAAGAAAGGUGUUGAGAGCGUUGUUGUCAUAGACCUUGGAGGAGGAACGUUGGAUGUGUCUGUCCUGUGGCUCCAAGGAGGUGUUUUCGUCACGCAAUCCAUGGCUGGAAACAAUCGCUUGGGUGGUCAAGAUUUCAACGAUCGCGUUCAGAAACACAUUUUGUCGGUUCUGGAAAAGAAGUUCGGCAAGACGAUCAGCGAUAAGGAGGACUUGCAGCAGAUUCGCCUUGAAAUCGAGAAAGCAAAGCUCAGGCUUACUACUCAUCCAACAGCUAAAAUGAACUUCAAUUUGAAGGAGAUAGGGAAUUGGCACUACCUGCUGCAUCGUGAAGAGUUUGAGCGGUUGAAUGAGGAUCUGUUCAAAUCAAUCGAGCAACCCAUUGAAGCAGCUUUGGCAGAUGCAAAUCUUCAACCUUCAGAGGUAGAUGAAAUCGUCUUAGUAGGUGGAUCAACACGGAUACCAAAAGUACGGCAAAUUGUCGGGCACUAUUUCAACAAGGUUUCGAAUUUUGGUGUCGAUCCAGAGUUGGCAGUUGCUACCGGAGCUUCAGUGGCAGAGCUUGCUUUAUCGCGGGGAGAUGCGCCUUUUACAGGUUUUGUAUAA